AUGACCUUUACGUGCGGCGACUGCUGGCGCGAGUUUCCGGCCGGAUGGCAGUCUCGCCAACAGCACCUCGAUGCGACCGGCCACGACAUUCCAGACUUCGAGUGCGAGACCUGCGACCGUUACUUCCACAGCCAGGGCGCUGUGGAGCAGCAUAUGAAUGCCCUCAACCACUGGGCCGACUCUGACUCUGAAGACAGCCUUGACUGGGAAUGCGACGAUUGCGACUCGGCAUUCUACGAAGAGGGUGAUCUGCGCCAACACGAGCAUGAGCAACACUUCAAAUGCAAUCUUUGCGAUCGUUACUUUCAGAACCGGAACAACCUGAACCAGCACCUGAACUCCAGUAUCCAUCGCACGUCCACCAUCAUGUGCCCUUUCUGCAAGAAGACUUGUGCCACCGCGACUGGUCUGAUCCAUCACCUCGAGCAUGGCAGCUGCCCGAAUGCCCCCCUCAACCGUGAGAAGCUCUACGAGGCUGUCCGUAGCCGUGACCCCAACGGUGUUCUUUCCAAGAAGCUCCUCGAGUGGAAUGGCACCUUGACCUUCACGGCAACCGAGAAGACCUGGAACCCGAAGCACCGCGCCUACGAGUGCUACCUCUGCCACCGUCAUUUCAACAAACUCGAGUAUCUGAACCAGCACCUCAACUCUCCUGCGCACAAGCAGAAUCUUUAUCAUUGCCCCAACCGGCGUUGCGGCAAAGAGUUCACCACCUUGGCGGCCGUCAUCAACCAUCUCGAGAGCGAAAGUUGCAAUUACAUGCGCUUCAACGCCGUGCAGCAGCAUGUCGAGCAAGUUGUCGAUCCUCGUCGCAUGAUUGCCUUCUGA